AGGAUUCGCUUCCGACACUGUAGCCCACAGUCGCGAACCAAUAGCAAGCGGAUAGACAUUCCCGAGUCGUGGCAGCCUCUUCUUCUCUUGCUCGUCACAUGACCCGCACUACUGUACGGUAGGCCAUAUUUGACAGUGGCACUAGUUUAGCGAAGUGAGCGUGAGUGAAGAUCGCUCCUGAUUCAGAUCGUCGUCGCGUUCCGACAACCUGUAAAUACUCGUGUAUAAUUCGACUAACGGCGUGAGGUAUUAACAAGCACGUAACAAUGAGCGAACUUUCGGAGGAACGGCCUGUUUACGCGCCCUUCUUCGGAGUGAUGGGCGCCGCCUCGGCCAUCAUAUUUUCUGCUCUGGGAGCAGCGUAUGGCACAGCAAAGUCAGGCACAGGAAUUGCUGCAAUGUCUGUCAUGAGGCCAGAACUUAUCAUGAAAUCUAUCAUUCCUGUUGUCAUGGCGGGUAUCAUUGCCAUUUAUGGUCUUGUAGUAGCAGUUCUCAUUGCUGGUGGUUUAGAAGAACCUUCUAAAUAUAGUCUUUACAAGGGUUUUAUUCAUCUGGGUGCUGGCUUAGCCGUAGGUUUUUCUGGUCUAGCUGCUGGAUUUGCCAUUGGUAUUGUUGGUGACGCAGGUGUAAGAGGUACCGCUCAACAACCUCGCCUGUUUGUUGGUAUGAUCUUGAUUCUAAUCUUCGCCGAAGUAUUGGGUCUUUAUGGUCUCAUCGUUGCCAUCUACUUGUACACCAAGUAAAGAAAUUUUAGUGGCAGGAAUUGCAAGACUCGUCGCCUGCAUCCAACAGCGCUCCCCGACUAUUAUAAUAAUUACGACUUGUUUCAACAUUUUACUUAAAAUACAUUUUUCCAUGCAUACUCACAUCGCGUCAUCUAAGCAUCCUUCUGUAAUACUGUAUUGAAGUUGAUAUAUUAGAGUCCGAGCAUUUAAGAGUUACAUUAUUCAUUACAUAAAACGACACAAAUAUCGAAAAAUACCGCAAACAAGUAACAAGAGUGCUGAAAAACCUAUUAAUCGAUUGAGUAUUCGAAUCAAGAAAAAUAUAAUUCAGUCUUGCAAGAAGAGGAUGUGUGUACAGAAGAAACGAAAAGCGACAGGCGACAGGGAGUUACACUGAGGAGAAAAAGGACCCCGAUAUCCCAUGCCGAACAUUUCUCUUUCACUGUAUAGUAAUCAUUUGUAGCGUAGUUUGACAUUGAAUUAUCAACCUAAGAUAAUCGGCUCUACUGAGUGUAUAAAGGAAACAAAUGUUAUUGAUAAAAGAAUAUUUAGCACAAUUAUGUAUUAAAUGCAAUUACAGUGGCAGCAUACGGAUUGCAAAUGAAACGUCUCUAUGACGAGAGUCUAAGAAAACGAAAUUACGAUAUUCGAAUGGGAAAAGUGAGAAGAAACACGCAUGUUGCGUGUAGGGAAAACAGCAUAAUACGCGAUGAUUGUACAAACUGUAUUCGAACGA